AUGUGUGAGUGUGCCCCAUCGGGGAGUAUGCCAAUUGCGGGCCAUUGGGCUCUUCGCGGUGGCUUUACGCCGCGAGCAAAUCCCAGACGUCCAAAUGUUCAUUUCCCACACCAGGAUAUGUUUCGGCAGUCACGUAGCGAAUUUUUCGUCAGUUUUUAUCAUCGUUCACAAGAAAGUGCUAAGAUGUUUGAUGCGAUGAAACGACGAGUAGAACUAGCUUAUGAACAGCGUCGUAAGUCUGAAACGAAUCGAUUGCAAAAAGCUACUAAUGGAAGCGUGAUACAGUACUUGGAACGGAUUCCGUUGUCGAAAAAUGUAACGUUAACGAUCGAAAUACCAAAUGCCGAACAUGCUGGCAUGAUGGAGCGAAUGGAAGCUUGGUGUGAUGAAGAUUCAAUACCACAAAUUAUGCAGGAUACUGGUGUACUCAUUCAGUUCCCAGAUUUAGUGCCUGAUAUCAAAAAUGCCAGUGAUUAUGUAAAUAGAGUGACGUUAACAGGACCGCUAGCGAAUGUUGAACAAGCCCGUAUUCGAAUUAGAAAUUUCACGCCUGUAGCGAUCAGUUUUCCUCUAAGGACGUUGAAACCUAACAUAUUAAUGAAGGAUGUAAAAAAUAUUAUCGAUAAAGCGAUUGCCGAAAAAUUAAUUAAUUUUCCUAACAUCGAAAUAAUAGUGCAAUCGCCGCAGUUGCCAAAGGAUCUAGUUCCAUUAUGUGUUGUACGCGGUGCUCUAUCUCAUGAGCGUGAUAUAUGUAAUGCCUGUGUAGCUCUUCACCGAUUACUGUUUGAUGCUACAAACGACAGUGAACAUAGUUCAGCAAUGAUAUAUUCAACAGUAAUGGAUAUACCGGCUGUACAACAGCUAGCUGUUACGGGAGUACCGGACGGAUAUUUGAUACGAAUGAUAAGUUUGGAAACAAAGGCAAUCAUUUAUUUUCCAACUGUAGCUGACCGUCAUUUUGGAGCAACCAUAUUUUAUCUGUUUGGUUCUGUGUGUGCUAUUAUGAAAGCGAGGAAGUAUAUUCAGGGUCUUCUUCCUGUACGUUUAAUUUUUGAUGUGGAAAAUAAUGAUUUACAUUGUCCGGUUGAUGCAUCAAAUCGAGAGUUGUUCUUGCGUGAUAAAGAACAUGAUUUAACAAUUAUGAUAAAGAAAAGUCGCUUAGAAGGCGAGCAAUUAACUACAAGCGAUACUUUACGAAAUUUGGUGACAAUUGAGUCUGAAGAAUACAAUCUAACUAAUGUUUAUGCAAUGCGACACCAACUUCUUCGGAGUAGUAUUUUGGAGAAUGAGCCAUUGAUCGUAGCAAAAGAUUUCAAUUUCUUCAAGAAUGAUUUCCGAGCAUUAAUUGCCAAAAGUAAUCAGGUUAUCGCCGAAAGUUCAAAUGAUUUGCUAGCAAAGGCUUCAUCGUUGCUUUAUUCACAGUUAAAUCAAAAUAGUCAGUCAAGUUAUAAGCGAAACUCAUUGUCAGGAAUACCUGUUAUUCCAUCACCUGUAAUAAACGAUAUUGCUGGGUUAUUACCACAAAUGUAUGUUUAUCAAGAAGUAUUCCAACCAUCCGAGGAUGAAAAUAUACCAAUCGCAAUAACAGUUGGCAGUUCAGCAACUUGCGGUGAAAUUCAGGACCACUCGUCCACAUAUAAGAUUACAGGACAGAAAAAGACCGAAGAAGGAGCCAUAAAGUUUUCGGCUUCAGCGCCAUCGAUUGUGCCAAAAGAGCAAAAUGCUUCAAAUAGGGUGAAUAUGUCUGUACCAAAAUUCUUGGACUUCUUUCGACAGAAUGAAAAUAAGGGUUUCAUGAUGAUUCCAAUUAACGAUUUUGGAAGGCCGUUAUCCGGUGUAGCUGUUCCACAAAAGAGGGAAUAUAUUCGAAAUAUUAACAAGGCAUCUGCCGGUCGGAAUUUUGAUGGACAUUCGGAAGCGUACAAUUUUAAUGUAAUUGCUAGUAAUACUAAUUGUGAUUUAACAAGUAGCACUACGGGGAAUAUAUCGGAAUCGAAAUAUUUGUGCAAGAAGUCGUCGGUGCGUACGCAGUCGUUUGUACCCCAACCGCAGGGUUUGAUGAGUUCUGGAGCUAAUGUUGUCGAUGCAUUAAUCAGUGAUCAAGGCUCCACAACAAUGGCAGUAGCUGCUGCCAUGCUUCAGAAUAGUCCGCCGCAGUGGUUUCAAUCAUCCGGUACAAUUGAAGCAUUAAAAUCAACUGAAUAUUUCGGUCAUAUGCCUCGAAUAUGGGAGACAAAGCCUCCAGAAACAUUUGUGAGGCCAGCAGAAUGCGCUCAAAGCUCAAUGGCCAGUUCUCCAGAAAAAACUUGGCAAACAAAAAAAAAUCUUUCGUUGAAAUCUUCAUUCACAAAUAAGAAUUAUAUUCGUGAAUACCAUCAUGACAUGAGCGCCAAUACAGUUAGGGAUGUGCCGCAAGGGUUAUCAGCAAGAGAUUCGAGAGAAGCUUCAUCUGAUGUGCGCCUAUCACACUUAUUUAGCAAUCGUAAUACCAACCCGUCAUAUUCAAUUUCAUGCAGCAACCCUGCACAGAAUUCUAAUCAACAUCGAUUACUACAACAAAACAGUGAUGUUAUCGACGAUACAUACAAUUACCGAACAGAGCACCAGCCAACGAGAACACAUGAUAGUACUGCCUGGGAAAAUUCUCGAUAUUCAUCAUCACAAUUGCAUUAUUACUGUGCACAUCCAAACACACGUGAAGUUUUUUCAAGAAAGUAUCAAGGGAGAUCAAGUCAAAAUUCGUUGCGAUCUAGUGACAUGGUACGCGGUGGGCGCAUAGUGAGACAAUCAAGGAAUCAUUUCGGUGGUCAUUACUCAUCAUUUUCUCGGAGCUUGUCAUCAUCGAGUUACGGCGAAGGUGAAAGAUGUUAUAAUCGAGGAAUGGCACAUACGGGUUUCAAAAGACAAUUUGUAAACGGGACUCAAUUAGAAGAACAAGGGAAAGGUAGUCGGCGAGGGGAACGAUAUCAUUCUCUCCAUCAAGAACAGCAGCAUGGCUGUGUCUGUGAUCAAUUCGGAAAAGACUCUGAAGAAUUAAAUAAUAAUAUUAAAGUUGCAUCACCACCGAAGCUAUUGGUUAGAACCAAAACUUGCGCGAAUACAAGGAAACGAAUUGAUGUUAUGGUGCUGAUCGAUGAGGUGCAAAGGAGUCAGAAUGAGCAAUCAUCACGAAAUGUGCAGCAGUUGAAUAGGCCACCAUUAAUGAUGAAGGAAUUAGAGAAAUAUACAGGAAAUGAUAAUGUUAGUUCAAAAUCAUGCGCGGAUAUGACAAAGAAAAGCACCACCAAAGAUGAGAAUGUUCAAGAUAAGAAAGUUUAUAACAAAACGCUAGUUUUCUUUCUUUAA